CCGCAGGGUUGGGGCGGAACGGGGCGGAACGGGGCGGAGAACCGGCGCUUUAAGCACCCGGUGUGACCGGUGCGGGCCCAGCGGGGUCGGUGCUGCCGGUGCGGGAUGUGGGUGUACGCGCUGGCCGCGCUGGCCGCGCUGCUCCUGCUGCGCCGCUGGUACCGGGAGCGUCAGACGGUCCCGGGGCUGCCCGAGCGGUUCGUGCUCAUCACGGGCUGUGAUAGCGGCUUCGGGCAGCGCCUGGCGCUGCGCUUGGAUGCGCUGGGGCUGCCGGUGCUCGCUGCGUGCCAGAGCCCCGACGGGGCCGAGCGGCUGCGGGCGGCUGCAUCCCAGCGCCUGCAGACACUGAUCCUGGACGUCACCUCCAGCCCCAGCAUCGCUGCGGCCGCCGCGUGGGUCAAGGAGCGAGUGGGUGACCGAGGGCUCUGGGGGCUGGUGAACAACGCGGGUGUCGCCGUCCCCGCCGCCCCCAACGAGUGGCUGAGCAAGGAUGACUUCCUCAAGGUGAUCAAUGUCAACCUGAUCGGCCUCAUCGAGGUGACGCUGAGUGUCCUGCCCCUGGUGCGGAGGGCGCAGGGACGUGUGGUCAAUGUGUCCAGUGUCAUGGGCCGUGUGUCCUUCUUCGGUGGGGGAUACUGCAUCUCCAAGUUCGGGGUCGAGGCCUUCUCCGACAGCCUCCGGCUGGACAUGCGCAGCUUCGGGGUGAAGGUGAGUGUGAUAGAGCCUGGAUACUUCCAGACAAACAUCACCAACGCCGAGAACAUCCAGAAGCAUUUUAUGGCCAUCUGGGAGAAGCUCCCGGAGGACAUCAAAGCGGAUUAUGGGGAGGGUUACUUGAAGCACUUCCUGGAAUCCUUCAGGAACAUGAAGAACCUGUGCAGCCCUAACCUGUCUCUGGUGACGGACUGCAUGGAGCACGCGCUGACCAGCCGCUACCCACGCACCCGCUAUGCUGCAGGCUGGGAUGCCAAACUGCUCUACAUCCCCCUCAGCUAUGCACCAUCCGCCCUCACCGACUGGGUGUUUGCCAAGCACCAGCCCCCGCCUGCCCGCAGAGCCUGAGGCAGGGAUGUGGUCAAGGCAAGGAGGGAUCCGGCAGCACCAGCUCGGGCCUGGGCUCCGGGUUCAAUGGGAACCAGAUGAAUAAAGGAGAUUCCUGCUCUUG